AAUAAAAAUUUGUUGGUAAGUAAUUUAAGACAAUAGAGUAAUUCAGUUUGGAAGCAAACAUCAUCUGAGUGAGCCACAGUCGCAGCUCUCAGCUGAGCCAUGGAUCGCACUCAGCUUCUGUUGGUAGGUUUACCUCUCUUCCUUCUCUGUUCUGACAUCUUUUCCCUUUUCACACCUCCACCUCCCAACCCAUCUCACAACCACCAUCGUCACCACCACCACCACCAUCAACCACCGCCAGUCGUUGACCCCGUGGCCAUACCGUUCCCCUCCGAAUCCGAGAAACCAAUCAGUAAUAUUGGAGGAGAUGUUGGUUUCGGCAACACUGUUAAUAUCAAUUUCUGCUCUUCUUGCUCCUACAGGGGAACAGCGGUAACAAUGAAGAAUAUGUUGGAGAUUGCCUUGCCUGGAACGGAGGUUAUUCUUGCAAAUUAUCCCCCACCACUUCCAAAACGUCUGCUAAGCAAAGCGGUUCCAGUUGUUCAAGUUGGUGUUAUAAGUGUUGUAAUUGGAGGGGAACAGAUUUUUCCAAUGUUGGGUUUUAUUGCAACUCCUCCUUGGUAUUAUAGCUUGCGUUCUAAUAGGUUCGGAACCAUUGCCAGUGCCUGGCUUCUUGGGAAUGCCUUGCAGUCAUUCUUGCAAAGCACCGGGGCAUUUGAAGUUUACUUCAACGGCGAAUUGGUGUUCUCUAAACUCAAGGAGAGAAGGUUUCCUGGAGAGAUAGAGUUGAAGGAUCUGAUCACCAAAAGGAUGGCAACUUCUAGACUUGUCAGCAGUGCCUCAGAAUUGAGGCUUUAGCUCAUUUGCCUAAUCGCCGUUCUUGAAGAUCUAAUUUGAACUGACAAAGAUGAUGUAAAUGGAUGGAUCUACCAUUGCAUUGUGAAGUAGAGGCUGGUACACAUUAUAUAUAUCAUAGGAGUGUAAUGUUGUAAGGUUUUUAUGUGUUUGUACUGGAAAAUGGGCCUUGUGUUGAAAGAACCAAGUAACUUCUGAAGCCAAACUCGGUUAAUUUGAGUUUGUAAUAGACAUAGCUUACACUGUCAUUUUACUAUUUUUUAGAUUAUGCUAUUUUAAGUGAAAAA